AUGUCUGAUGAGUACGAUAUAGUACAAGGCGACUCAUCGUCGAACACCUCUACAACUGGGAGCUUUGAAAACGUCAACUCUUCAGCUGUGGUAGAUCCCGCCUCGGCCGUGGCUGAUCCUUGUGCUGCGCCAAAAGUUGUGAGUGACGAUGCCACCGAAGAAAAAUCAACUGAUGCUGAACAAGACCAGGCAAAAGCAACUCCGGAAUGGGCGAAAUCUGACGACGAGCUGCUAUACACGUCUGCUCACACGCGCAGUGCGAUCACGAAUUUGAUCAGAUUUUCAGCUGCAAUGUUUGUUCUUCCAUUACUGACAAUGUUCACCACUUAUCACUAUGUUUUUAGAGAUUAUUUUGAUUUGCCUCCGGAUCAGGCUAUGUUGUACGCAGGAUUGUGUGGAGUCGCUGUGGUCAUCCUCAUCAUGAUCGCCUUUGUUUAUAUUGCUUAUCGCGAAGAACAGGCUGAUGAGAAAAAAGCUUUCUUUAAGAAAGUCUGA